UCCAGGUAAAGUCCGAGCUGCAGCCAGCGACGAUCACAUCAGUCACCAUGAAGGUUGCUGCUGCUGUUGUUUUGUUGCUGUUAAAUGUGCGUUUGAGCCGCUCUUGUGUCGGGGAUGAAAACAUUUUAUUCUGCUCCAACAUACCACCAGCUUUCAGUCCUGGUUUUUCAUCUCUGGUCAUGGCCCUGAGGGAUGUCGGGGAGAUAAACUCCACUGUGUUCCGCAGCGACAGCCUCACCUCAAUAACCAGGCUCAGGAUUGACAAGGCUGGUGUCACAGGCAUCGCUGCAGGGGCUUUCAGUUCUUUCCAGAGCCUCACAAAUCUCACUUUAGACCAGAACUUGCUGACAGAGAUCAACCCAAACUGGUUUGGUCGGCCUGAUAUCCUCAAUGAGUUCAUCCUCUCAGGAAACCAGAUUGAAGUUCUGAAUGAGUCCAGUCUUAACGGGCUCAUUAACCUCAGAUGGCUACAUCUGAGCAACAACAGGAUCAGGACAAUUCAUCCAAAUACUUUUAGCUCCCAAACCAACUUGGCUGAGUUGGACUUGUCUAAGAACAGGAUGACUCGGGUCUCACCUCAGGUCUUCAGGUCUCUCCGGUCCACCAGGAUCAGACUAGAUGGGAACCCCUGGGACUGUUCCUGUGGAGCUGAAGACUUUGUCUACUUUGUCAAAGAUCUCCAAAGCAGAUCUCUGCUCGACAGACAGAUGGAGGUGACCUGUGAGAGUCCUCUGUCUCUGAGGGAUCAGCCUGUGUGGAAUGUGUCGGUGUGUGUGACGUCACCUCCACCAAGACCACCAUCAGUGACACACACGACCCACACCAAACCCACUGGUAUCCUCACGACAGUCCCUGCACCCACAUCUGCAAAAGUUGUGACAACACCUUCAUCACAGCCAACAUCAGAAACAAAAACCUCUGUCCAACCCAAACCCACUGAUUCACCUGUAAUAAUGUCCUCACACACUGCAACAGCUCCAUGGCGACCGACAUGGGAGACAAAAACUUCUGUCCAACCCAAACCCACACAUAUCCUCACAACGGUCACUACACCUCUUUUAAAGACCGGUACAUUUGCAACUUAUAUGACAUCGCCUCCAUCAGUGACGGAGAUCUCUGUCCAGCCUAAACCGUCUGACCUGCCCAGAACCACAUCUACACCCACUGGAAUAACUGGUUCUCUCCUUUUGAUAUUUGAAUCUCUCAGAAAAAGAGUCACAGACAAUUUGUGCCUCAUAUGUUUGUUGUUCCUUCUAGAAACUUAUCCAACGUCACCUCCAUCAAUGACAGAGAUCUCCGUCCAUCCUAAACCCUCUGACCUGCCUAUAAGUACACCUACACCCGCUGAAACAUCUAUCAUCAGACCGUCAUCAGAUACAAAUAUUGUCUGCCCCCUUGUUGUCGUGAUAGUGGUUCUGUCUUUGCUCCUGUUUGUGGUGUGCUUCCUGGUGGUGCUUCAUCGCAGGACACGCAGCAACAAAACGGUGAUGCCUGGACAUCCAGAAGAAAACAGACACGGAUCAAAAGAAGACAGCAGAUCGAGUCGUGCUCCGUCUGCAGGACACUCUGAGAAAGGAGAAAACAAUCACUGGGACUCAGAGACGGGAUGUAGGAGAUCCUUCUCUGGAGUCAGAGCUAAGUCAGCUAAUGCUAUUCUCUUUACGUCUCCUUUUUGUGCGCCUGCGAAAGAUCAAGUUGCUUUGCAAACUGAGACAGAGGCUCAGUCAAAAGACACAGGAAGACAGAAACUGGGAGAUGAAACUGAAGUAAGCGGAGUAACUGGGACAGAUAAUCUAACAAACACCACAGAUACAAUGGCAAAAAAUGCUGAAAAAGUUGACACCAGUAGAAACCUAGAUGAAAACCCCCACCGUGUUUCUGUUAAUUCUGACGCUGUGCCUUAUCUGAGCAUUGGUACAAACCAGAAUAAACCCAGUCCUGAUGAUUUCAGCCAACAGUCCACUAAAGGUCAAAGAUCACAGACGAGGAAAGGUAUGGGGAGGAUCUCCACCUGGCCUCCAACUGCAGUUCAGUGGCAGGCAAGAUGUAAAAUGAAGGAGGAGGAGGAGGAGGAGGAGGAGGAGGAGGGGUCUGACAUCCUCACUGUGUGGACACCAAAGUCUCCAGGUGAGGUGAAGAAAGCAUUAAACAAAGAGGAGCAUCCCUCUGCUUCUGACAAACAGGAAGAUGAAACUGAGAAAAAUCAAACUCCUCCAUACCAAGAUCCUUCUGAAAUGACUGUCGCUGACAUGAAACUGGGACACUCCUCAAAACCAAACGAGGAGACCACUGACACAACACCAGAGGAGCAGCUAAAGAAGGAGGAGAUGCUCCAGGACCCUGCAACUGUGAGACAUGCCCAAACCCUGACUCAAGAAAAGCUUGAUCCAAAUCAAGACCUGAAACCUGCAGAAAGUUCUGCACCCAGGAACACAAAAAAGAGCAGCAGCAAGGCCGAACAGAGAAGUGAACCCAAGCGAGUUGUGACGAGCAGGCAGAGGGCAGAAAACACUGGUCCGAAGGCUCCCUCUGGUGGCACCUCGCCAGAUGAUGAGACGCUGCUGUCCGGCAACGAGUACGCCUUGGACCUGCUGCAUGAAGUCGUGCAGAACAACGGGCGCUGGACCAGAGACAGGUGGAAGCAGGUGCAUGCCAGCAAGCAGCGGCGUCAGGACAGAGGUACAGAAGGAGUUUAGAGAAGGAUUCACCUUAAGUUUAAUAUUAUGUUCACCUAACAUGACAAAUAAUAUUGUUCUGUUCUGUCACUCUUUAUGUUAAAUAAAAGAAUAUUGAUUUUAUUUUAAAAACUAUCUGUCAACACCUUAGGUAACUGUUCUGUAUUUUGGAAAUGCUCUUAUUUGCUUUCAAGGUGAGAGUUAGAUGAGGAGAUGGACACUACUCUUCUGUCUGUCCAAUAAAGAGACGCUCCAGUGAUUUUUUUUUUUUUUAUGACACUUCCAUAAAGUUUGGGGACUCAGAGGAGACAGAUUUUAAUGCACAGCAGGGGCCCAGAUAUCCUGACUUUUAGUCUCUAGUUCAGGUCAAGCUUAGAACAUUCCCACAUUUCACUACAUUUCCCAUAAUGCAACAUACAAUAGCAUCUUGCAUUGGACGUCCCCCUCCCUUCCAAUGCUGCAUUGAUGCUAGUGCCCAGAAGUGUGAGUGUUAUGUUACCUUGGUACAUCUGUGUCUGGACAUCUACAUGUAUUGAAAAUUAGGUGUUGCAAGUAAUGUUAGUUAACACAGUUGUUUGUGUAGUUGGAAGUUUUUUAAUCUGUGUUUCAAAUGUUGCUGCUGCAGUUAGGUUAAUCCUUUGGUAAUAUACUUAAAUCAGAAUUUCACAUGUUUUUAUAUUAUUUAAUUUCAUUGUUAAAUUGUAACAUGUUUUUUUUUAAUUAAAAGGCACUGUAGAAUCUGUAGGAUUUGAAGCCAUUGUAUGAUCCACAUUUUACACUGUAAAAACAUAUUUUGUGUUAUUGUAAAGAUGCAACUUAAAACCACAGAGAGUCAACUAGUGAUACAACUAAUUUCUGAAAAACUUCUGAGGUGCUGGCCUGUGGAUUUUGUUACCUUCAGACAAAGCCAGGCUGGUCUUGAUUCUAGCUGAGCUAUGUGUCUCAUUAUAUUUACCAUAAAGACAUGAGAGUGGUAUUAAUCCUCUAACUCACAGCAUGGAAGCAAAUAUGUGAAUAAAUGUGAAACUAUUUCCUUAAGAAAGUCAUAUUUCACCUGCUGCUGCAGUUUAAAUUGAACCUUUGUGACACUGUAAUUGUGAGUCAAUACUUACGCCUCAUUUCCACUGCGCGGUUCGGCUUGACUCGACUCACUUUUGGUACCGGGUACAUUUUUCUUUUUUGUUUUCCACUGCAGAUAGUCCCCGCAAUGCUACAUGAAACCGCUGUUAUAUCAUCUUCAACCAACCCUGUCUCCUAAAAAUUCCGUUCAUAUAUUACUAAAUUGAAUUCAUAAUUAUCUUGUGGUGAGAACGUCAUCACUGCCUGGAUUAUAGAGAUGAUUCAACGUUAUUGAAACACUACAUGUAUGAACCGCACAGGGAGGUGGUCGGGGUGGAUUGUGGACAUACAGUGUGCAAGACUGUGGCACCAGAAUCCCACAUUCACUCCCAGACUCCUUAACCUUUGGUUCAGGUGAAUCCUGAUUUUGGGUAAAUGUUGAUUUUAAAAAAGAGAGGCGCUUAUAAAAAAUAAUGCUGUAGUCAAAACAAGCCCACUGCUUAUUUUUAAACUAUGAAAUGUUCCCACGUACAUUAAUGCGUAAAAUGUCCUCAUUAUGUUAAUAGAGGAAUUUGGUCAUGAUUGUGUUUCCCUCAAAACAUAUUGGCUGUUUCAAAUGAAUUGCAUAUAAAAGUAAUUUCUAGGAGACAGAGCUGCUUCAAUGUGACACAUGCAUUCAUCUGCAACGAUGUUCACACUUUGUCAAUCGUACAGUGCGACAUUUUUGUUUUGUGGAGUUCCUUUUUUAUAUAAAUUUGAGUUGAGUGAUUGAAAAAUUGCUGUCUUUUUGAUGGUAGUUCAGCUCUUUAAAAAUGGCAGGUUUAUGGAAGAAGACAAAUUAAGUGAUAUCAAAAAUAUACCAGGUACUGUCCACAACUUUUCUCAACAAAAAACAAAAGCAAAAUGGCAAGUUGAGUUUACUUGCAUGGCAGCUGGGUUCUUGUAUGAAAUCAUGCAAGAUCACAAGGUCACACGAAAAUCCACUUGCCAAUGGCAGCCAUGUGCGUGGUUUAGGUGUUUGUUACGACACAGAGGCGACAACGGCGGCUCCUAAAGAGGUUAGUGUAAAUGCUGCAGCACCAUCAGUUAUGCUGGAGAGUUUUACAUUAUUGAAUGAAGAGCAAAGCAUGACACUGAAGGCUUUUCUCAGUGAUGUUUUGAUCUUCUCCUGACUGGCCUGUGAUAUGUGAUGAUGGACAGGUGGUUCAUCAAAUAACCUGCAAAGUAUGUUUUUAAAGUGCCUGCUUUUUUAAAGCGUUUGUUCUGUGUAACAAACCAUCAGGUGCAUCAGAUCACCGUGCUUUCAUGCAGUGGAAGUGUGGCAUCAUACUACUUAAGUAACGGCACUCUAAUCAAAUGAAAUCACACCUUUAUCUCCAUGUGAUUGUCCCUUAUAUUCAUGUAGCUGUCAUGUGACGAUGUGAGAUGAA